UCCCGUGGCCAUCUGUUACUGUACAUGUUCACAUUCUCGAGAGAUAAGAUGUCACCACAGAAAGAACCACACUUGAGGUCACUCUAAUACUGCAACGAUUUGCCAGAAAGUUCAGCAGACUGACAGUACAAUGUCAGCCUCCCUCACUGAAGUUAUCCUCGCUCUUCUCGUGGCGCUCUGUGUGGCUACAGGUGAAGAAUGCCCUCCUGGGUUCUUCGAGGCAGGAGGCGGAUGUUUCCAUGUUGGUGAGCAGGAGAGUGUUGGCCCGACCAUGCUGGACUGGGAGGCUGCGCGGGCCCUCUGUGUUAACCUCGUUCACAAAGGCUGGCUGGUAGACCUGGCUACCUUUGACUCUACCGACCAGCUUGAGGGCGUCUCCGAGCAGUGGUCACUGAUUGCCGACAAAUACGACUACGAAUACCCUUACAUGUGGGUGGGUAUCCACAAGGCGGAGGAUCAAUAUGUUGGUGUAGACGGCCAGGCGGUGUCCUUAUUCUCCAACCUAUGGCGUGAGGGUCAUCCCUUGGAAGAGAACGAGUUCGCUUACCUGAAUGAUGUAACCUUGACCUCAGCGUACUCCUACGGCCGCCUCUACGUGGUCAGCUCCCCACCUGCUGUCAUCCGGCGUUGCAUGUGCCGAGCCAAGGUUGUGUCGCUUGACGCAAACUUGUGAUGAAAUGCAGUUUACUCGCAAGACAACAAUGACUGCUACAUUAUGUGAAACAGAUAGAUGAAUAAAAAACGAUAAAUGGAUAAA